CACAGACACCACAUCAUCUCUUUUGCUGUGUAGUUUUACGCCAGUUGGACAUGGGGGGAGGCUUCUAUAUCAGUAAGUUUGUUGGGGUGGUGGGCAUUGUGUUUGGUGCAGGGGCAGUGGCCACCAUCAUUGCGUUGGCAGUCGUUUAUUCUCAAGAGGUAGCCAACAACGAGGCUGUCAGUCCGACUAAUGGAGGUUCCACUGUCAAGCCACCGGUCACCACACCUGGAGGGUCAACUGUCAAGCCACAGGUCACCACAACUGCACCCUCAAAUGAACCAUGGGACAAGUACCGUCUCCCAGACACCCUGAAGCCUGACCACUACAACCUAACCCUGUGGCCUCGUCUCACCGCUAACGCACAAGGCCUCUACAUCUUCACAGGGAAAUCCUAUGUGGUCUUCCAAUGUGUGAAGGAGACAGACCUGAUCCUCAUACACUCCAACAAGCUGAACUACACCAAGUGGGCUGAUGACCAUCUGGCUAAACUGUCUGCUCUCGGUAGCACACCCGCACCAACCAUAAAGAAAUCCUGGCUACAGCCAACAACUCAGUUCCUGGUAUUGGAACUGAAUGGCAAGUUAGCUGUUGGAGAAUCCUACCAGCUGGACACAGUGUUUGUUGGGGAGCUGGCUGAUGACUUGGGAGGCUUUUAUAGGAGUGUAUAUACGGAGGAAGGAGUAGAAAAAGUUGUUGCGACAACUCAAAUGCAGCCCACAGAUGCCAGGAAAGCCUUCCCCUGUUUUGAUGAGCCUGCAAUGAAAGCCGUCUUCCACAUCACACUCCUUCACCCCCCGACGACAGUGGCCCUGUCCAACGGCAUGGAGCAUGCUCCUGUUGAAGUCACUGAGGUGGGGACCGAGGGGCCUGUGAUAGUUUGGAGGACAUCUUUCGAUGAAACCAAAAAUAUGUCAACAUACUUGUUGGCAUUUAUUGUCAGUGACUACGACUAUAUUAACAGCACAAGAGACAAUGUUCUGAUCCGGAUCUAUGCCCGCAAAAAAGCUAUCGCUGAUGGACAAGGCGAGUACGCCCUCAGCAAAACAGGACCCAUCCUGAAAUUCUUCGAAAAAUAUUACAAUGCCACCUACCCUCUGCCAAAGUCAGACCAGAUUGCUUUGCCUGACUUUAAUGCUGGAGCAAUGGAGAACUGGGGACUCAUUACAUACAGAGAAACAGCCCUCUUGUACGACCCUAAUAUGUCCUCCAAUUCAAACAAAGAAAGGAUCGCCACCAUUAUUGCUCAUGAACUGGCCCACAUGUGGUUUGGAAACCUUGUGACACUGAGGUGGUGGAAUGACCUGUGGCUAAAUGAGGGCUUUGCGUCUUAUGUAGAAUAUCUUGGGGCAAAUGAAGCAGAGCCUGACUGGAACAUAAAAGACCUGAUAGUUCUGGGUGAUGUGCACAGGGUGUUUGCAGUAGAUGCUCUUGCCUCAUCUCACCCCCUGUCCUCCAAAGAGGAGGACAUCCAGAAGCCUGAGCAAAUCAGUGAACUGUUUGAUGCCAUCUCUUACAGCAAAGGAGCAUCAGUGUUGAGAAUGCUCUCUGAUUUCCUGUCUGAAGAGGUCUUCUCCACAGGACUCAGUACAUACCUGAACACGUUUGCCUAUGAUAACACAGUGUAUACUGACCUCUGGGAUCACCUCCAAAUGGCAGUAAAUUCCACUGGCACUGGUGCGUCACUUCCCACCGGCCAAACUGUGCACAGCAUCAUGAACCGCUGGGUCCUUCAGAUGGGCUUCCCAGUGGUUACCAUAAACACAGCCACUGGACAGAUCCACCAGCAGCACUUCCUUCUGGACCCUGCCACUGCAGGGAGUGUACCACCAUCUGACUUCAAUUAUGAGUGGAUAGUACCAAUCAGGUGGAUGAAGACAGGAGUUGUACAGCAACAGACAUGGCUAUUGGACAAAACUGCUAAUAAGCCUGAAAUGACAGUCACUGUGGACAACUGGAUACUGGCCAACCUUAACGUCUCUGGAUACUAUAGGGUUAACUAUGAUAACGCCAACUGGGAACGUCUCCUCAAUGUACUGAGCAGCCAUCAUGAGUCUAUUCCAGUUAUCAACAGAGCUCAAUUGGUGGAUGAUGCUUUUAACCUUGCAAGGGCAAAAUAUAUCGACACAACAUUAGCGUUGCGAACAACUAAGUAUCUCAGAACAGAAAGGGAAUAUAUGCCGUGGGAGUCAGCUCUCGACAACUUGGACUUUUUCUACCUCAUGUUUGAUCGGAGUGAAAUCUUUGGGGAUAUGCAGGCUUACCUAAAAUAUCAAGUAGAACCACUUUUUAAGCACUUUGGGAAUAUCACUAGAAACUGGACGGAAGUACCCACUGGACAUAUGGACCAGUACAACCAGGUGAAUGCCAUCAGGGUGGCCUGCAGCACUGGUAUUGAAGAGUGCCAGACUCUGACUAAAGGCUGGUACAGUCAGUGGAUGAAAGACUCUGCAAACAAUCCGAUACACCCCAACUUGAGGACGACAGUGUACUGCAGUGCUAUUGCUGCAGGGGGGGCUGCGGAGUGGCAAUUUGGUUGGGAUCAGUUCAAGGCUGCCACCAUCGCUAUUGAGGCAGACAAGCUUCGAUCUGCCCUGGCCUGUACCAAGCAGCCCUGGCUACUCAACAAGUACCUGGAAUACACCCUGGAUGCAACCAAAAUUCGCAAGCAGGAUGCUACCUCUACCAUUGUUUACAUUGCAAGCAACGUGGUGGGCCAGUCUCUGGCCUGGGACUUUAUGAGAGACCGAUGGAGUUACAUCUUUACUCAGUACGGUGGUGGAUCUUUCUCCUUCUCCAACCUCAUCAAUGGUGUGACCAAGAGGUUCUCAACUGAAUUUGAGCUCAAACAGCUCAAGCAAUUCCAGGCGGACAACUCUGAGGUUGGCUUUGGCUCAGGUACCUUGGCAGUUUCACAGUCCAUUGAGAGGACAACAGCUAACAUCAAAUGGGUGGCGGAGAACAAGGACUCAGUGCAGGCAUGGUUUAACACAGAGGUUCCUAAAGAAUAUAGCGUAGAGGUCGACGCCCCAUGGGACAAGUACCGUCUCCCAGACACCCUGAAGCCUGACCACUACAACCUAACCCUGUGGCCUCGUCUCACCGCUAACGCACAAGGCCUCUACAUCUUCACAGGGAAAUCCUAUGUGGUCUUCCAAUGUGUGAAGGAGACAGACCUGAUCCUCAUACACUCCAACAAGCUGAACUACACCAAGUGGGCUGAUGACCAUCUGGCUAAACUGUCUGCUCUCGGUAGCACACCCGCACCAACCAUAAAGAAAUCCUGGCUACAGCCAACAACUCAGUUCCUGGUAUUGGAACUGAAUGGCAAGUUAGCUGUUGGAGAAUCCUACCAGCUGGACACAGUGUUUGUUGGGGAGCUGGCUGAUGACCUAGCAGGUUUUUAUAGGAGUGAAUAUGAAGAAGAUGGAGUUAAAAAGGUUGUAGCUACUUCUCAGAUGCACCCUACUCACACCAGGAAAACAUUCCCCUGUUUUGAUGAGCCUGCGAGGAAAGCCGUCUUCCACAUCACACUCCUCCAUCCCCGUGGGACUGUGGCCCUGUCAAACAGCAAGGAGCAAGUUAACACCACUGUAAACACUGUCACACAGACCAGAUUUGAGCAAACCAAGAGAAUGUCAACCUACCUACUGGCCCUGAUUGUCUGUGACUAUUCAUUUAUCAGCGCUCAGGAGGGAAAUAUUGAGAUUCGGAUCUGGGCUCGUAGAAAAGCCAUCAGUGAAGGACAUGGAGAAUAUGCGCUCAAUCUAACAGGACCAAUCCUGUCCUUUUUUGAGGUGUAUUACAAUGCCACCUACCCUCUCUCCAAAUCAGACCAGAUUGCCCUUCCUGACUUCUAUUUUGGGGCCAUGGAGAAUUGGGGACUGGUUACCUACAGGGAAACAAAUCUGCUUUACAAUCCUAUAACAUCCUCCAAUGGAAACAAAGAGAGAACAGCCACCAUCAUUGCACAUGAACUUGCACACAUGUGGUUUGGAAAUCUAGUGACCCUGAGAUGGUGGAAUGAAGUCUGGCUGAAUGAGGGCUUUGCAUCCUACGUGUCUUAUCUUGGGGCUGAUUAUGCUGAAUCCACUUGGAACGUGAAAGAUCUCAUAGUUCUUGAUGAUGUGCACAGGGUGUUUGCAGUGGAUGCCCUGGCUUCCUCUCACCCCCUGUCCUCCAAAGAGGAGGACAUCCAGAAGCCUGAGCAAAUCAGUGAACAGUUUGAUGUCAUCUCUUACAGCAAGGGGGCAUCAGUGUUGAGAAUGCUGUCAGAUUUUCUAACUGAACCAGUCUUCGUCCAAGGACUAAGUAGCUACCUGAAUCACUUUGCCUACGAUAACACAGUGGGGACAGACCUUUGGGAUCAUCUACAACGAGCAGUAGAUGACAGUGACAUAGAACUUCCUGGUACAGUCCAUGACAUCAUGAACCGCUGGGUCCUUCAGAUGGGCUUUCCAGUGGUCACCAUAAACACAGCCACUGGACUGAUCACCCAGAAGCACUUCUUACUGGACCCUGAUUCUGUGGGGAGUGUACCACCAUCUGACUUCAAGUACGAGUGGAUAGUACCAAUCAAAUGGAUGGACGCAGGAGUGGUUCAGAAAGAGAUAUGGCUGCUUGAGAAAGAGGCCCUAAACAAUAAAUUGACAAGUGGUCACUGGGUACUAGCAAACAUCAAUGUGACUGGAUACUACAGGGUUAACUAUGACGGUGGCAACUGGGAACGUCUCCUCUUCCAACUGAGAACUAAUCACCAGGUCAUACCAGUUAUCAACAGGGCACAACUUGUGGAUGAUGCUUUUAAUCUAGCAAGGGCAAAGUUCAUUUCAACAACAUUAGCUCUGAAAACGACAAAAUACCUCUCCAAAGAAAUUGAAUAUAUACCGUGGGAGUCGGCUCUGAACAACUUGGAUUAUUUUUACCUCAUGUUUGAUCGCACUGAGGUCUAUGGGACUAUGCAGCAUUAUGUGAGGAAUCUAGUGACACCCCUUUUUCAACACUUCAAGACUAUUACUGCAGACUGGAGUAAAGUUCCUGAUGGGCAUAAUGAGCAGUACAACCAGGUGAAUGCCAUUAGGAUGGCCUGUAGCAGUGGACUGGUUGAGUGUCAGAAUCUGACUAAAAGCUGGUACAGUCAAUGGAUGGCUGACCCUGACAACAAUCUGAUACAUCCUAAUUUGAGGAUGACAGUGUACUGCAGUGCCAUUGCAGCAGGCGGGGCUGUAGAGUGGGAUUUUGGUUGGAACAUGUUCAAGAAUGCCACUAUUGCCAGCGACGCAGACAAACUGAUGUCAUCUCUGGCAUGUACUAAGGACCAUGAACUUCUGAAUAAGUACCUGAGAUACACUUUGGAUUCAGACAAAAUCCGUAAGCAGGAUGCAACGUCUGUCAUCGUGUACAUCUCCAGUAAUGUUGAAGGCCAAACAUUGGCUUGGGACUUUGUGACACAGAACUGGGAGUACAUGUUCACACAGUAUGGUGUUGGAUCCUUCUCAUUUGCCAAUCUUAUAAGUGGUGUGACAAUGAGAUUCUCAACUAAAGCUCAACUUGAGGAGCUCCAGAAAUUCAAGGAGGACAACUCUGAGAUUGGUUUUGGCUCAGGGACCUUGGCAUUGGAGCAGGCCAUUGAGAGAACUACAGCCAAUAUCAAAUGGGUGGAUGAGAACAAGAUGAAAGUGUGGGAAUGGUUCUUGAGUGAGAUUGCCUAAAAACUCCUCAAUGCUUUGGUUGUCCAACAGGCUUAAAUGUGUUAUUUUACUAUGGCAGACAAAGUGCUUGGAUUAUUUGCUGGGUUUUAAUUGUAUGUUAAACAUCUAAUGCUGGAGUUUUUAUCUCAAUAUCAAAUCAUCAGUCACAAUUAAGUACGUUGCUGUGAUUGUUUUCAAUUAAAAUGGUCAAAAAUAAAAAUAGCUUCUUAGCAAAGAACAAUUUCGCAAGCAAGAAUUUUGCUAGGACUGACGGAGUGGUGAUGGGAAUACUGAAAACUAGCUGUUGGCAGAGAGGUUUGGAACUCUCUUAUUGGUCUAUUAACUAAUUUACCGCCUGGUGAUGUCACCAGGCAGACCAAAUCUCCAUCCCACCAAAACAGGCAGAAAUUUCAGGCGGUCUUUUUAAACAGCUGUUACACUAAAAGGGCAUUAUCAUAAUUUUCACAAUUUCACAGAAUUAUUCCAACCUCGUAGUGUGGAAAGAUAUAUAAAACACAGGGAAAUCACGUUUUUGACUGCACUGGGCUUUUAAAUCAGAAAUGUUGGGGUAAGGUCAGCAACUUCCUGGUGAUAACAUUUAGUCAAUAUACCAUAUUGUUCUCUGUGGACCAUACUGCAAUUUCCCAGAGCACAAUAAUGUUAUGAGUGUCUAUGAACUUCUAUUAUUUUCGAGUUUCAGAGAAAUAAUUUCUAUAUGCUAUUUAGUUGAAAAACAAUAAACCUGUCCAUUACAAAA